AUGGCGACCGCCAACGCCCGGGACUCCUCCACACUCGGCGCCGUGCCAGUGCAGGCCGCCACGCUCAGCCCCCGGUGCCACCGGCCGCGGCGCCCGUGGCAGCAGCCGCACGAGCAGGGCCGCCACGCGCUCCUGUCCGCGCGGGUGGUGGCCGCGGCCCCGCCGUUGCUGGGCAGCAAGAGGCCCCCUGCGGCGGCCGCGCGGGUCCUGUGCAGCCGCGCCCCGAGGCCUCGCCGCGGAGCGCACCGAGCCCUGCCGUCCGGCGUCUCGGAAGCAUCGAGACGGCGCGCUUGCCUCGCCGUCGGCCUCGGGGGGCCCUCGCCGCAGAUGGGGCCCGGCGCGGGCAGCACCCACGCGGCGCUCAACCCCCGCGACGCGCUCAGCCACGUGCUGCGCCACCGCGCCUCCUGGGAGGGGUACGACGCCUCCGCCCCGCUCUGCGUGCGGAGCAUGAGGCGGGCGUCCUCGAAGAGCGAAAGGCGCUGCUCUAGCUCGGCGGAGCGCUUGUCGCCCUCGCCCGGUCCGCGGCGGCCGCCGCAGCGCUCGGCGCUGCUGCCGCGGCGGAGGCUGCUGCCGCAGACCGCGCCCGAGCAGGCGGCGGAGGUCAGCGCUGGGACGGCACGGGCGGCGCUGGGAGACAUGGCCUCGGCCCCGAGCAGUCCACGCUGCCGCGGCGCCGUGGCGUCGACCUCGGCGGUGAUGAGGGGAUGCACCGAGGAUCAGGGCGAGCCUGCAGACGUAGAGUCCAUGUGCCUCGAAGGCACGAGGGCGAUCCGCACCCCUCCCCCUCGCAGCGGCGAGAAGAACCUGGCCGACGGCAAAUGGAGGCCCUCGUCCACGAAGGGCGUCCAGGGGUGCGUCAGGGGCCUCCGGGGCGCACCCUCGCUGGCGCCUGCAGGAGCUUCACCAUCGGCACCAGCCAGGGUGGCGACGUCUAAGCGGGCCGGCAGACUGGCAAAGAAGAGGCACAAGCGCUUGGUGCUUCCGUUCGCGUACGACGACGACGAUCCCAGGAUCGCGCACUUGGAGUCCGUCGCGGGGAUGGAGCUCCCGCAGUUCUGGACCAGAAGUGCAGCAUGGCCUCCUGAUAUACCUCCUCCUCCACCCUGCUCGGGCCAGGAGGAUGUCAGGCUGCAUCGGGGAGGGCCGUUCGGCUGCUGA